AUGAAUACUUCUAACAUACCAGAAACAUCUUCUCCAGAUGAUCAACUGUUUGAAAAUUUAACACGAAAUCUUCUCAAUGGCUUCAUUGCCCUUAUUUGCAUUUUAGGCCUUGUAGGUAAUGGAAGGACAAUUUAUCUCCUGGCCUUUUCCAUUAAGAGGAAUCCUUUCACCACUUUCAUCCUGAACCUCUCCAUCGCUGAUUUUGGGGUCCUCACAUCCCUCAUUUCUGCAGCUAUAUUUGUGACAGUGUUAACUCUGGGUAAAACAAAUGACAUUGUCCAAACCUUUUUCUUCUUGUUUUUUGAGCUCUUUUCCUUCACUUAUUCUGCUAGCCAGUUUCUGCUGACGGCCAUCAGCCUGGACCGAUGCAUAGCUGUCCUUUUCCCUCUCUGGCAUCGCUGCCAUCGUCCCCCAAAUCUGUCCACCCUUGUUUGUAGCUUCAUCUGGAUCCUCUCCUUCCUGCUUUCUGCGCUGCACUAUAUUCUGUAUCAAGCCAAGAGCUUUGGAAGUUCACCUUUGCUUUACCAGCUGAUUAUGAAUGGUUUACUUUGUACGCCUCUCAUGGUUUUGUCCACUGUGACCCUCUGGAUUCAUAUCAGGUCUAAAUCACAACUCAAUCAAAGGAAACUUCUCACCACCAUCUUGCUGGCUCUCCUCUUCUUCUUCCUUUUUUCUCUCCCAAUGAAUGUUUUAUAUGUCGUUUAUUAUUUUGGUUUCCAUCAUCCUGUCCUCUUGACCAUUGGGAUAGGAUGUGCCACUCUCAACAGCAGCAUCAACCCACUCCUUUAUUUCUUAGUGGGGAGGAAGAAGAGAGGAAAGGAUCAGCACAGAGCAUCUUACAAGAUUGCUCUGCAAAGAGUCUUCAAGGAUGAGCAGGGCAGCUCAGAAGGGCAGCAAACUACAAAGGGAGAAUUUUUGUGA